AUGAGGGGGAAGAAUACCCGUAAGCGAGCCAUUCCCGCCGCGCACAAGGGCCGUGGCUCGGCCGUUGCUCUCAGGACACGAGGCCAAGAACGCAGUGUAGAGGGCACGGGUUUGCCUGAAGAGUCCGGCGAAGAUCGCGCACGAUGUCUGACGCUCCACCAUGAUGCUCUCCCGCCCUACGGCCAUCACCACCUCGGCCCGACCCCUCUUACAGCGAAUGCCUUCCCUUUUGUUACCUUCCCCGAGGAAAUUGACAACGAUGCCCGCAAUAUGCUGUGUAUAUACUUUACCCGUCUGAAGAAUACCAUGUACCCGAUUGCAAGGUAUUCUCGCUCCGACUCCUCCAACACGUACUGGUUCGACUGGACCCAGCUCGACCUAGCAUAUCUCCAUUCCAUCCUUUUCACAACGUCCUUCUUCUACGACAACGUUCAAGGACACACAAGCGAGAGGACGAGAUACCACUCGUAUAGGACCAUUCACGAGCUCAACAAGCAAUUGGCUCACGCGGAAACUGCCGUGACUGAGUCGACAACCACUGUGGUCAUGGCUAUAGCUUUGAUGGCAGGAUGCUUUGGGGAUACGGAUUCUGCCCAUAUGCACAUGAUGGGCCUUAAACGGAUUGUAGAGCUGCACGGCGGCAUACAGUCGGCUGGUUUAAUCUACAGCUCCUGCACCGGCGCCGAGCCUGUAUUCUUGGAAGGAACUCCCUCGUACGAAUCGGCUUUUGAUCAUUUGCCUGAGCUCAAUCAGCUCAAGCCUCUAGACGUGACUUGCUUUUCCCGCUCACGUGCACUUGUACGCACAUUCGACAGGAGACUCUACAACGUAUUCAAAGACGUCCAAGGCCUCUCGCGCCUCGUGAACGACAGCUACAGCUCCGGCCACAAGAUACCCGAGAUGGCCCUCGAAGGGUUGUUGACGUCCGUCCAGGCCCGGCUACUCUCGCUGAAGUUUGACAACAAUGGCGAGAACAUGGCCGAGCUCCUCCGCCUGUCCCUUAUUGCGUACUUGACGACCGUGUUCUGGAGUCUCCCGGGUCUGAAGUUCGACUACCCGCACCUGGCCGCCCAGUUCCGGCAGGUCUGUCUCGGCUUUUCGCCUACCGCCGCCGGAGAAGGAGAGUGUUUCGCCUGGGCUCUGACGGUGGGAGCGAUAUCGUUGUUCAACGGCCGUGGCCGGGACUGGCUCCUACAGAUACUGCAGCCCCUCAUCCGAGAUCACCUGGGGACGACGUGGGAUGAGGUCAGGAAGAGUCUGGGCCAUAUCAUGUGGAUUGGAAGUAUCCACGACGGCUUAGCGUCGGAUCUGUUUCGCAGCUAUCUUGGAGACACUGGGACAGAGGAUGCAGUUGCUGUUGAGUGA